AUGAGAUUCGAAUAUGCUCCAGAUGAAGUGCCUCUAAAGGUUGUCGAGGUACUAAAGCGGUUUUGCUUGCAUUCGAGCGAAGAUGGCCAUCAGAGAGACGUCGGAAGGGUGUUUGACUCUGUGCCUGACAAGCUGAAGAUGAACAUCACCGCGGACCAGCCGAUAACCAUGGUCUUACCUGCAUUUCCAUGGAAGAGCCCAAAUCAAGACAAAGUACUAGGAGAUGGGGCUGAUCUAGGAGAAGAAAUGGGUCUAGCGAAGUUGAAUCACUUGUGCGAGGAGAUUUCAAAGGUCUACCCUUACGGCGCACGACUUAUCCUCAUUUGUGACGGACCAGUAUAUAAUGAUUUGGUCGGCGUUCCCGACGACGAAUAUUACGACUAUGGCAUUGAGCUGCGCAAAAUCGCCAAAGAGAAGCAUUUUUCUUCUAUACAGUUCAUCCGGCUGAUGAACUUGCUGGGGUUAGGAGAUGGCGAGAGAGUUACCAAGGCAGAUUACCUGCGUCUCGUCCCCACCUGCAGGGAGAAACUGAUGUCACCGACAUACUUCGAUCCGAGAUUCGACAUUGACCAUGAGUUGAAGGCAAAUUCAGAUACCAAGACCACAUACAACAGCUAUUUCAGUCGCAUAUCAGAGGAUUUAAAAUGGGCCAAAGGGUUUGAUCCUCUUAUCGCGGCCGAUCCGGCACUCUACGCGGCUGAGGUGUCUAAGAUGGCGAAAACCAUGAUCAACCGACUCAUCGCAUAUGAAGCCGUCAUUAACGCCACACUUGGAAAAUACAUCCGUCUCUCGAUUCACCCUUCAUUGGGACGAAACAAGAUCUCUAUUCCCCUAUUGCGGCAAGGCGACCUAUUUGGUGAUAUGCCGUGGCAUGCAAGUGUGGUGGUACUGCCAAAUGGAGAUAUCAAGACCGGAAGAUCUCAAGAAUUUCGCAAACUGUACGAGGUCGUUAUGAAGCAUGACCGGCCUUAUUACUUUAGAGAGCGGAGCCCGCUAUAUGAAUGGGAGGCUGAUGUGGAAUUCCAGCACGACUACGAUGGAUUGAUUGUAAAGAACCCCUGUCAGAGGGUUCAGAGGCUUGGUAGAGAAGAUCGCUUGAAGCUGGCUCGUUUGAUUGUACAGUAUCAGACCAAGUCGGUUCGCGUGGAGGGCUUUGAGGUGGCAAAUGAUGUGUGA